GAAACCACUUAGAAAAAAUGCACUUUUUUUUUUUUUUUUUUUUUUUUUUCCCCCUUCGGGUCCUGGAAUCUUGACCCGAACUCUGCUCAAUGCAGGUGUUAGAGUGGUAGCUCUAGAAAGUAACUCAGCUUUUCUUCCAAACUUACAGUCCCUAGAGAAUAGCCUGGAUGGACAAUUAAAGGUAAUUUAUGGUGACUUCUUCAGACUGGAUCCUUUGGUGACUGGAACCGUGAAACCACCUGCUAUGUGUUCUGACAAACUUUUUGAAACCAUGGGUGUAGCAGCAGUUCCUUGGAGGGCAGAUGUACCUCUGAAAAUUUUUGGAAUCUUACCACAAAGAAAGGAAAGGAACACACUUUGGAGGCUUCUUUUUGCCCUGUAUGAAUGCAGUUCCAUAUACAGAUAUGGAAGAGUAGAACUCAACAUCUUUAUAAGUGAAAAAGAGUACAAGGUAUUAACAGCAAAGCCUGGGGAAGCAAGGGCUUACCAAGCACUUACUGUACUUUGGCAAAUAGGAUGUGAAAUUCAGCUACUGCACAUG